CCGUGAGUCAUUCAUUGUGAGCUGCUUUCAACCUCAAUCAUCCCGAAGAGACAAAACCCAUGCCAGAUCUCCCGUCUUUUGAACAUUAUUGCCAAUCACGAGUUGAGCGCCGCUCGAUCUCACGCGGGGUAAAAUGACAACCUCCUAUAGCAGGAUCAAGUCGCUCGUCGACUCAACCCCCAACGAUGCGCUCCCCUCCCCCUCAGCUCUCCUCCGUGCUGCAUCCACGAUCCCCUCCUCGCUGCCAGCAACCGGUCUUGGAGAUGCAGCCACAGAAGCGCAUCUCCUAACUGAUCUGGUCCCGGGCUUCAACGGGCCUAAGACGUCCGCGAACUACUACGGGUUCGUGACCGGUGGCACGUUUCCUGUCGCCGAGUUCGCGGAUUGUGUCGUUACGGCUUUUGAUCAGAAUGUGCAGGUGCAUCUUCCGGAUCAGAGCGUGAGUACGAUCGUUGAAGAUCGCGCGUUGGGCAUGUUGGUGCAGUUGCUGGAUCUGGGUAGGGGGUGGGAGGGGAAGACUUUUACGACGGGGGCUACGGGGGCUAAUAUUCUUGGAUUAGCUUGUGGGAGAGAGGCUGUGGUUAGCAAACGUCUUGAGGGAUUGGGAGAGUUGGGAGGAGUUGGUGAGAUGGGGUUAUUAACUGCUUGCUUGAAAGCGGGAAUUAGGAAGAUUCAGGUCUUGACGGCCAUGGGGCAUAGCUCACUUUAUAAAGCAUCCAGUGUGGUAGGUUUGGGUCGAGCGGCUGUGAGAGACAUCGGAUCGGGAGUGGAUCAUCCUUGGAAGAUGGACCUUGAUCUUUUGCAGCAGGAGCUACAACAAGAGAAGGAGGGCGUUGUCAGCAUUGUUGUCUUAAGUGCAGGCGAAGUUAAUACCGGAAGGUUCAGUACGGACGGCUUCCUUGAGAUGCAGAAGAUUCGAGACCUCUGUGAUAAAUACGGAGCAUGGUUACAUGUUGACGGAGCUUUUGGAAUAUUUGCGCGCUCCCUCCCUCGGACUCCAGAGUUCGGCGCGCUCCGCAACGCAGUCUCAGGGCUCGAGCUCGCCGACUCCAUUACUGGCGACUGCCACAAAAUGCUCAACGUCCCUUAUGACUGCGGUUUUUUCCUCACGCGUUCAAGCGCAACCCUAUCCUCGGUUUUCCAGAAUCCAAACGCAGCGUAUCUCUCCUCUGGACCCUCGACCAUUCCCUCACCGCUCAACAUCGGCCUCGAGAACUCGCGACGCUUCAGGGCUCUGCCUGUUUAUGCCGUGCUGCUGGCGUAUGGACGAGAGGGGUUGGCCGAGAUGUUUGCAAGACAGGUAAGGCUAGCCAGGGGAAUUUCCAGAUUCUUGCACGGCAGUCCGGACUACACGUUACUUCCCCACUACCCGCUGCCAGUCUCAGAUGACGAGAAACUUGCAAGCGGUCAUGAGUUCGAGAAUACUCAUAUCAUUGUGCUCUUUAGAGCCAAAGAUGAGAAAGUCAAUGAUGAGUUGAUCGCGUGGGACAUCCCGCUCCUAACGGCCACGCUUCAAAAGAUGGGCCCACUGGUUUGCGAUACCGUUUCUCAAGCAUCCAAUGAUAAUAUCUAA